UGAGUUCAUAAUACAUCAUAAUUAAACUCUUUUAAAAAAGCCAAAAUGUAAUUAGAGAAUAUAAAUAAAAAAUCCCCAUUCAACGAAAUUCACGUUUUAAGUCGAAUCGCAUCAGCAAAAGUCACAACGUUUCCUCACAAAUGGCCAGCAGAUCACCGCCAAUGGCGCCGUAUAUCACGGUAGUUGUCCUAUUCACCACCAUCUCUGCCGUCGCUGCAGCAACGGGUUACCGUAAUCACACGGUAGGCGGCACCGCCGGAUGGUUUUUCAAUGCCACCAGCAACACAUCCGCCACAAAUUACUCUUCUUGGGCUUCCACUCAAACUUUCAGCCUUGGCGAUUAUCUCAUUUUCAAUACGAAUUCGAACCAGAGUGUGAUUCUUACAUACAACAAGACAUCUUACUUGAACUGCACCACCGAUGAUUCCGACAACGACACGUUCAUCUACAGCAGUGAAAGCUAUCCUUUCAACGAAUCGUUGACUUUUCCCGUUCCGUUGACUAUUGUGGGACCCAACUACUUCUUCUCUGACGCCAACGAAGGUGUCCAGUGUCAGCACGGCUUGGCAUUUGAGAUCGAAGUCCAGCAUGGUCUCGGCUUGCCGCCGAGUCUAAAUCAGCCACCUCCUCCGCCGUACAUCGAGCCGCCUGGUCCAGAUAGUGCUCAGUCUCCGCCGAUUACGGUGGCGCAGCCACCAAACAGUGGCGGGUUUGCGAGAAGCGCUGACUUGCGCGUGGUCAUUUACGGGUUGGGUGCGGCACUGCUAGUGUUGCAAUUUUGGUGAGGAACACACAACUUUUGGAUUAGAUGCAGCACGCAUCUAGGCCGUCUUAUUAUGAUUCCACGGUUCAGAUAUUAAAGCAAAUUAUAAUUUUUAAUAAAUAAACUUUCCGAUUUUAAGAUUUGAACCGUUGAUAGUAGUGACUGCACCGAAUCAAAAUUCAUGAAUAGACAGACACAUUGGAUUACAGAUUAGUUCAGAGUCUUCAGUUCAGAUGUACUAAUACUGCGAGAGAAUCAUUUAACAGAACUUGUUUUUGUUUUUAGUUUUUAUAUUAGGUAUUUUAUUUUAUUUGUGAGUUUUUCUUUCUUUAUAUCUUUUUAUUGAGGUGAGAUUUUUUUUUU